GCCUAACACACCAUCAUCAGUGUGCUUGGCGCUGUCCCAAUUCCGAACUCCAAUUGAGAAACCCUGGCCUAGAGAGAGUGGACGUCCCAAAAAUUGGAGUUUGAAGAAAAUGGCUAAAGUAUUCUUGGCAUUUCUAACUGUUAUCAUACACUGCAUCACCAGUGCUGUUCUUUCUACUCCAGAUACAUCAAAAAUAUGCAAAACUGAAUGGUUUAACAUUGAUGACCCAUCAGGAGAGGGAGAUUAUGAAGUUUUUAACCAUCUGUAUAUUCAAUUUCCCAACCGCAUCUGCCUUUAUCCAAUCGCCUGUGAGGUGGAGACAACAUCAGGGGUUCCAGCCUCACAGACUGGAGAGAACAUUGAACCGUGUAAUGUUGCUCGUGGAUUCUUCUGUAGGAACGACGAUCAAAGUGAUCAGAUGUGCCAAGACUACAGAAUACGAUUCACCUGCCCUCAAUCACAUUGUCCCACACCUGCAACAACUACAGGUAAUGCAUCUACUACGUCUCCAGGUGCUGGUUCUACUGCAACUCCUACAAAAAUAUGCAAAACUGAAUGGUUUAACAUUGAUGACCCAUCAGGAGAGGGAGAUUAUGAAGUUUUUAACCAUCUGUAUAUUCAAUUUCCCAACCGCAUCUGCCUUUAUCCAAUCGCCUGUGAGGUGGAGACAACAUCAGGGGUUCCAGCCUCACAGACUGGAGAGAACAUUGAACCGUGUAAUGUUGCUCAUGGAUUCUUCUGUAGGAACGACGAUCAAAGUGAUCAGAUGUGCCAAGACUACAGAAUACGAUUCACCUGCCCUCAAUCACAUUGUCCCACACCUGCAACAACUACAGGUAAUGCAUCUACUACGUCUCCAGGUGCUGGUUCUACUGCAACUCCUACAAAAAUAUGCAAAACUGAAUGGUUUAACAUUGAUGACCCAUCAGGAGAGGGAGAUUAUGAAGUUUUUAACCAUCUGUAUAUUCAAUUUCCCAACCGCAUCUGCCUUUAUCCAAUCGCCUGUGAGGUGGAGACAACAUCAGGGGUUCCAGCCUCACAGACUGGAGAGAACAUUGAACCGUGUAAUGUUGCUCGUGGAUUCUUCUGUAGGAACGACGAUCAAAGUGAUCAGAUGUGCCAAGACUACAGAAUACGAUUCACCUGCCCUCAAUCACAUUGUCCCACACCUGCAACAACUACAGGUAAUGCAUCUACUACGUCUCCAGGUGCUGGUUCUACUGCAACUCCUACAAAAAUAUGCAAAACUGAAUGGUUUAACAUUGAUGACCCAUCAGGAGAGGGAGAUUAUGAAGUUUUUAACCAUCUGUAUAUUCAAUUUCCCAACCGCAUCUGCCUUUAUCCAAUCGCCUGUGAGGUGGAGACAACAUCAGGGGUUCCAGCCUCACAGACUGGAGAGAACAUUGAACCGUGUAAUGUUGCUCGUGGAUUCUUCUGUAGGAACGACGAUCAAAGUGAUCAGAUGUGCCAAGACUACAGAAUACGAUUCACCUGCCCUCAAUCACAUUGUCCCACACCUGCAACAACUACAGGUAAUGCAUCUACUACGUCUCCAGGUGCUGGUUCUACUGCAACUCCUACAAAAAUAUGCAAAACUGAAUGGUUUAACAUUGAUGACCCAUCAGGAGAGGGAGAUUAUGAAGUUUUUAACCAUCUGUAUAUUCAAUUUCCCAACCGCAUCUGCCUUUAUCCAAUCGCCUGUGAGGUGGAGACAACAUCAGGGGUUCCAGCCUCACAGACUGGAGAGAACAUUGAACCGUGUAAUGUUGCUCGUGGAUUCUUCUGUAGGAACGACGAUCAAAGUGAUCAGAUGUGCCAAGACUACAGAAUACGAUUCACCUGCCCUCAAUCACAUUGUCCCACACCUGCAACAACUACAGGUAAUGCAUCUACUACGUCUCCAGGUGCUGGUUCUACUGCAACUCCUACAAAAAUAUGCAAAACUGAAUGGUUUAACAUUGAUGACCCAUCAGGAGAGGGAGAUUAUGAAGUUUUUAACCAUCUGUAUAUUCAAUUUCCCAACCGCAUCUGCCUUUAUCCAAUCGCCUGUGAGGUGGAGACAACAUCAGGGGUUCCAGCCUCACAGACUGGAGAGAACAUUGAACCGUGUAAUGUUGCUCGUGGAUUCUUCUGUAGGAACGACGAUCAAAGUGAUCAGAUGUGCCAAGACUACAGAAUACGAUUCACCUGCCCUCAAUCACAUUGUCCCACACCUGCAACAACUACAGGUAAUGCAUCUACUACGUCUCCAGGUGCUGGUUCUACUGCAACUCCUACAAAAAUAUGCAAAACUGAAUGGUUUAACAUUGAUGACCCAUCAGGAGAGGGAGAUUAUGAAGUUUUUAACCAUCUGUAUAUUCAAUUUCCCAACCGCAUCUGCCUUUAUCCAAUCGCCUGUGAGGUGGAGACAACAUCAGGGGUUCCAGCCUCACAGACUGGAGAGAACAUUGAACCGUGUAAUGUUGCUCGUGGAUUCUUCUGUAGGAACGACGAUCAAAGUGAUCAGAUGUGCCAAGACUACAGAAUACGAUUCACCUGCCCUCAAUCACAUUGUCCCACACCUGCAACAACUACAGGUGCAAGUUCCACUACAGCUCCCAGUGAGUAUAUCCUUCCCAUUCUAAAUAUUACAAACAUUGAUUCCAGUACAAAAGCUCCAUCAAACAACAUCGUGUCUGGCUUGAAGGCUGCUUGA